GCAAAUAAUUUUAAUUUGUGUAGUAUUUUGUUCCUACGCGAGCGUUUUAGCAAGUAAGCCAUGUGCUUUCAGCUCAAUGUUAGACAGUGAAAACAGUUUGAACGGAUCAAAUGAUACCUUAAACGGAAAUCUGAUUUUCCUUUUGACGGGAAAUCAGAACAACUGUUCAAUUGACCUGGAUUUCAUCGAUGAACAGGCACACCGUCAUACCCUUAAAGAAGUUGAUAAACAAAAUUCUGGUGAAACUGAGAAGUUUAAAGAAUACACAUAUAACUUUCUUUGUGACAAUAACAUGGCUGUGCAUUUUGUUAGAAAUAGCAUGAGCGUUGUUGGAAAAUUGAAACUAUCUGUUGCGUUAUUGUUUUCGAGGUGUGAUGUGUAUUUGAACGAGUUGUCGUUGUUUCUAAAAAAUGGCUUUAUUCGGUCAAUUUCACAAAGAAAUAACUUCCUUUUGCAUGCACGGUCUCAGAAAAUAGGUUGUCCAUUUGCUAAAUACAUACAAAUAAUUGCCGCCAACAUCGAAUGCGAUGACGUGACAUGGACCCAUUUUUUCUGGGAAUUAUGUAAUGAAAUCUUCGAAAAUGUGAAUACUCUUCAGUUGAGAGCAUGCAAGACAAACCAUUUCAGGCUGAAGUCAAAGUUGUUGGUCAAGAAAUUUCCGAAACUUCAGUCACUGCAGCUUGUGAAUAUUGACCUGGCAACACAAAUGAGGUUUCCAUGGACACAGUCUCAUAUUGAUGCUGCAGAUCAAGAUAUCGUUAAAUUUGAAUCCAGUGAGAAUGGAACCAAUAUCACAGUUACCGCAGCGGGAAGAACUAUUUGGAUACGCAAGUCAGAAAUGGACAUCAGUAACAUGUUGCAUCUGAAUGGUAAUAUAGCGGAAAUUGUCAUCAACAACGCAGUUAUUGAACAAAAUGAAAGCCAGAUGUUUAAAUACGUGACUGGACUUCAAAGGGUGGACUUGUCUAGUAACAACUUAACAGAAAUUAACGAAUUGCUGUUCAAAAAUCAGACUGAAAUACAAAGCAUCCAUCUUAAGGAAAAUAAAUUAAGCAGUCUUCCAUGGCAUGUUUUUAAAGAUCAGCACAAACUGUUAUUUCUUGAUUUGUCUAAUAAUAUACUGUCAUCGAUCGAUUCUAAUUUACUGAAAAACCAAAGAUAUCUUCAAGAGUUACACCUGGAAACCAACCGACUACAUCUUUUACCAAAAGACUUUCUGAAAGAACAAAUUCAUUCCCUUAAGUUCUUGUAUUUGCAUUCAAAUCCUUUAAAGACGAUCCCAGUUAUGCCAUUCUAUGGAACAAAACUUGACAUCAUUGAUAUUCAUAAUAGCAAUGUAACUGGAGAAAACUUUGUGGAACUACUGAAUACUCUAUAUUUUCCCGACUUUCAAACUGCUAGAGUUGAAUGGAAAGAGUCUGAUCCCAGUUACAAAGUUGGUAAAGAUCCUCUACGACGAUCUGUAUUUGACUUAUCCUUUUGUGAAAUAAGAAUCAUCCCCUUUGAUUUAGUAGCCCAAAAUAUGUCCAUUUAUAAUUUUGUGCAAUUGUUUAUCUCAUUCCACAUAAAAACAGUCGGAAAUCCGUUGACAUGCGACUGUCACUUGUAUCCUUUGAAACUGUUGCUUUCGGACGUGAAUGACACGAAGAUGGACUGGACGUGUAUGUAUCCGCAAGAACUACAAGGAAAGGCAAUUGCAGGUUUAACCGAGCAUGAUCUUUACUGCUCGGUCAAAGAUACAGACUGUCCUGAACUGUGUAGUUGCUAUAUCAGGUAUGACCUCUCCAUUAUAAUUGUUGACUGCAGGAAUAUCAAAAUGUCAGCAUUACCUUUGAAAAUGCCUAACUAUCCUUUGGAAUUAUGGUUUAAGAAUGCCAGUGUCUUGAAACUGGAACCAAGAGACUAUCUGCUUAACGUAUCUGUGUUAGACUUGUCUGAAAACAGAUUGACGAACAUAUCAUCAUUAGUAGCAGCAAAAUUAAAAAACGUGGCCAUUUUAAAAUUAGAAAACAAUUACUUGACAUCGCUGCCGGUUCAGAUUAAAUAUACAAAUAUCAGCAGACUAUCUUUAGCCGGAAAUGCUUUCAUGUGCGACUGUCAUACAAGGUGGAUGAAAGCCUGGUUACAAGAUAAACAAUGUCCGAUUACAGACAGUAAACUCAUUAAAUGUACUGACAAUAACAAGAAAGUGAACAAAAUUAUAAAAUUUCCGGAUUCUAUUUUUGUAUGCAACGAGAUAAAAGUACCGAGUAUUGCAGAACAUGUUAUAUUUCCGUCUGUCGUAAUCGGAUCCAUAUUGUUCGUGAUAACGGUCCUGUCACUGACCAUCUAUUUCCAGAGAUUUACUGUAAGAGUUUUGCUUUAUAUGUUCUUCGGAGUUAGUGUCUGCGACGCCUUUACAGAUAACCCAGAUGACGUCAAACAUGACUGUGUAGUCAUCUAUGACAAAAAUGAUGAAGACUUCGUGGAAAAUAACAUCAAAAUACAUUUACAAGAAUCGGAUUACAAAGUAGCAGAUAUGUAUAGAGAUCCUGUAAUUGGUUUUACGUUUGUAGAAGGAAUUAGAAAGCUUAUCAACAAGUCAAGAAGAGUUAUAUUUUGUAUGACAAUGCAAAGUUUACAUUCUGAAUUAAUGAUAACUUUAUGGAGCAUCGCUUCUGAACGAGCUAUGAAAAAUCACAUUGGAUCUGUAAUUCUUAUCGUUGACAAUGACUUCAAAGCUAGCUGCAGCGAAGAAAACAUGAACUUGUACAUAAAAAGUGGCAGAUAUAUAAAAAUGGAUUCUAAACUAUUGCACAAAAGCAUAGAAUAUCUUAUGUCAUCAAAUAUACGGUUAAAUCAAAACAAGGAAGUAAACGAUCCUGAAGAAAAUAACUUUGAAAAUAAUGAAGUUUGUGAAAUUCAUUUAUGUGAACACAUUCUACAUGCUACUGCAGCUGGUGGGCAGGAAAACUUGGCAGAAGGGAAACAUGACAUUUAUAUAGUCUAUCCCGACGUUAUAGAAGAAUUGCACCAAUUAACUAGGUACGAGAUUAUCCCAUUCCUUCAAGAAAACAAGCAGAAUGUGUGCAUUCUUCAGGAUGAUUUUGUAUUUGGAGAAGAUAUAAGAUUCGGUAUCGAACCUAAACUUGACGAAGCAAGGCACGUGAUCUUCAUUAUAUCAAAUGAAACCUUGGAAGAUGACGUCAGCCAGUUCGUAUUGACCAGCAUUCUUACCAAAGCUGUUGUAAGUGGCAGUAAUUAUCUGUUGCUCUUCUCAUAUGGCCAGAUUGAUGUGGACAAGAUGCCAGAGAAUUUGAAGAAAUAUGUAAACAGUUAUAUCACAGCUAGUGUAAAUGAUCCUAACUAUAAAGAACGUAUGCUAGAAGCUCUCAAGAUUGAAGAAAACCAUAGCGAAAAAGAAGAAACUGACAGUGUAGUGAUAGAAAACUAUGUAGAUGAUGUCAAUUUAAUUUGACAAAGCGCAUAUACAUUAUUUUGUAGUUAAGUCCAUAUUGCAGUAAUUAAGUAUAUAAUGUACUGGUGAAUGUUUAUUUUAUAAUUUCGCGACAAGGAGAUGCAUGGUUUUAUUUUAUAAUUGUGAGGUGAUUCAUGGUUUAGUAUGAUUUCCAACACAAAUAAAUUUAAGAUGUAUCCGAAUUGUCUGAGUUUGGUAAAAAUGUCUAAUCUUAUAAACAGCUGAGACUGCAAACUUUAAACGAGCAAAACAGAUAUAAGGAAGUUUAUACAAAUUAAAUGAGAAUUUAAACAUACACACAAAACAAUAAUCAGAUCAAAAUAUCAAAGUUCGUAACAUUACUAAGAGGCGUCUUUACAAAGCUGCAAGCACGCAUUAAGUUUUGAUUAAAUCAGAAAAAGAAAAAAUGUUGACCUUACUAAACAGCCGCAAAUAAUUUGAAAAGAAAUCAAACAAAGCUACAAAUACUGAAAUAUGUUUUGUUGAAGUACAAGUGAAUAGCCAUAAUAUAAAUUUUAAUUUUGUUUAGUUACUCAAUAUUGAUAUCGAAGGUGGUAUCCGUUAAAAGAGAUAAAAGAGCUUGACUAGAACAAUUAAUUUCUGAGAUAUUGAUUGAAUAUAGAACCAUAGCUUCAGUACUUUAUAAAUCAUAUAUUAAUAACCAUAUUUGAAUGACCUGUGGUGAAAGGGUAUCAUUGCACUUGUACACAAGGAUUUUAUAAAAGACAUUCUGUCUCAUGUCACUGCGUCAUCCAUAUGUGGAGAAGUUGGAAGUUUCUUGCGGAGAACAGGUUAACACUGGUACAAAAUCAAGGAACAUGGUUAGGUUAACUGGCUGUCAUUACAUAAAUGAAAUACUACCAAAUGGUAUUUAUUGUCAUAUGGGUACCGCUCUCAAAGCAUUUUAAUGAUGUUUUUGGUAUGCAAUUGCACACCAGGUUUUAACAUAUCGUAUUGUUACACGGUUUUUAGAAGAGAUAGAUGCAUUUAGUGAUUAAGUUCCAUUAUCGAUGAAAUGAUUUAAUAUGAAAUAAUGAAGGUGUAUAAACAUCCUAAUUUUUUUUAAGUUGAUGUAUUAUUGUAUAUAGGUAUGUAACGUAGUAUGUAAAACCUUUUGUCUGUGUAGAGUUAUUUAGACAGCAUUAUAGGCUUAAAACUAAAGGAACAAAUCUCACCUUUGUUUUGUUUUUCGUAAAUGGAAGCAGAAUGAUUCAGUAUAUUGAAGCAUUUGUAUAAGACAUAUACAUAUAUCUUAAGAGCUGAUUGCUUAUAGUACAUUUCUUAAACCUGUGAAGGAUAACAAACUCUGCUUUAUAUGUUGCAACAUUUUCCUGUAUCACAUGAUGGAACAUUGCUGUUAAGUAAAGAAACUUUUUAAAUACGGAU